AUGAUGGCGAUGGGGAUAUUUCUGUUCAUUUUGCUGCUUGCUCUGCUCAUUCUCCUCUUCUUGAAACAACUCUGGUCCCGAAGACAUUUGCCUCCUGGUCCUUUGGCUCUACCUCUCAUUGGGACUUUGUGGGCUCAUGGGUUUUCCCUUAGUGAAGAUUAUUUCCGCAAGCCUGCAAAACGAUAUGGAAAUAUAUACACCAUGUGGGCUGGAUCUCACCUUCUAGUAGUGCUAUCUGGAUUCAGAGCUGUGAAAGAAGGAAUGACCGGCUUCUCAGAUGGAUUUUCUGAUCGACCAAAUGAUCCUUCCUUAAUUGCUAUAGGGAAAGGAAUGGGAAUUAUUCUCUCCAAUUGCCUCACCUGGAAACAUCAGCGACACAUUGCCGUCACUUCUCUGCGGAAGCUGGGCCUGGGGAAGAAAAGCAUUGAGCACCAGAUAGAAGACGUGGCUCAGACAUUGGUGGGGAUCUUUAGACAAACAAAAGGACAGCCCUUUGACCCUUCAAUUCCAGUGCUAAAUGCAGUUUCUAAUAUCAUAUGUGCUUUGAGUUUUGGAUAUCAGUUUGCUCCAGAAGAUAAGAACUUCCAGGAGUUAAUUCAAUCCCUUGAAAGGAUUGUGAAGUUCACUGGUACUUUUUUCCACUUGAUGUUUAGUGAGUUCCCACGAUUAAUGAAGCACCUCCCAGGCUCUCACAAGGAGGCCAUGGCUAGUGCAGAGUUUAUCCGUUCCUUUGCAAAGCAGGAAAUAGAGAAACACAAGGAAUUUCACUCUCUACAUGAGCCGCAAGAUUUUAUUGAUCAUUAUCUUCUUCAGAUGGAGAAGUCCGGCAAUGACCCCGAUUCUACCUACAAUGAAGAGAACUUGGCUCAGUGUAUUAGUGAUUUUUUUUCUGCUGGAUCAGAGACAAGCUUCAUUACUAUAAUGUGGGCUCUGCUCCUCUUGACCAAUCGUCCUGACAUCCAAGAGAAAGUCCAGAAGGAGAUUGAAGAUGUGUUUGGCUUCUCAGGGUCAAUUUCCUAUCAGGAUCGGAAGAAGCUGCCCUACACCAAUGCUGUGAUUCAUGAAAUGCAGCGUGUAAAAUAUGUCUUACUAGUUGGAGUUCCCAGGCAAAGCACAAAGGAUGUGAAGAUGAGGGGCUACCACAUCCCAAAGGGGGCCAUUAUUGCUGCAGACCUGCACUCUGUCCUUCUUGAUCCUGAGCAAUGGGAGACACCGGAAGAAUUCAACCCCAAUCACUUUUUAGAUAAGCAUGGGAAGUUCAUUGAACGGGAAGAGUUUCUGCCAUUUGGAAUAGGUGAACGUGCCUGUGUGGGAGAGCAACUGGCAAGAAUUGAGCUCUUCAUCUUUCUGGCCAGCUUGUUGAGGUCCUUCAGCUUCCGGUUGCCUGAAGGAGUGAAAGAACUCAACGAAGAGCCUGUUGUAAAAGUGGUAGUGCAUCCACACCCUUACAAACUGUGUGCUAUUCCCACCCAGGCUUAA